AUGUGCCAGCACUUCAAAUAUCAAGGAAUAUCUGAUGACGCCAUAAGAUUAAGACUGUUUCCACAUACUUUGUGGGACAAGGCGAUUGAAUGGCUUGAUUCUCAGCCGAUAGCCAGCAUUACUACCUGGAAUGACCUAGCUCAGAAGUUCUGUACUAAGUUCUUCCCACCGGCCAAGAUAGCAAAGCUAAAGUACGACAUAUCUAUCUUUAGGCAAGACAAUGGCUACCACCUCAGCAAUGUGGACCAUGGAACGAGCAAUACCAAAGAGACGCUAAGAGUUUAUGAAGUGGAUGUAUAUUCAGCGUUAUCCGCUACGAUUGAUUCCUUAUUUCACAAGGUGGAAAAAAUUACCCAGUCAGCUAACGCAGAGCAGACAAAGAAGGCGAAUUGUGAGGAAUGUGGAUCGGAGCAUAUGACAGUAGAAUGCCCAAUUUUGACACAAGGAAAAGAGCAAACAGAUUUUGCUCAAUGGGGACAAUGCCAGCAGAAUAACGUGUAUGGAGAGACCUUCAACCCAAGUUGGAAAAAGUACCCCAACUUUUAUUGGAGCAACCAAAAUCAGAAUAGGCCACAGGGGCAAUAUCAACAGUAA